UCACAUACUCAGACAUAUAAUGGCUACAAAACCAGGGUUGCUUACUAAUUGGCCAUGGCAGCCUCUUGGAUGUUUUAAGUACAUCAUAUUGGCUCCAUGGGCAAUGCAUAGCCUCUACUCUCUUGCAAUUACAAGAGGCAAAAAUGAGCUGGACUACCUUAAUCUCCUCAUUCUUCCAUUUCUACUAUCAAGAGCUCUCCACAACCAGAUAUGGAUUUCCUUCUCUCGUCACAGAACUGCUAAAGGCAACAACAAGAUUGUCGAUAGAGCCAUCGAAUUCGAACAAGUUGACAGAGAAAGCAACUGGGAUGAUCAGAUUCUUCUAAGUGGACUUACCUCGUACAUUAUCAACCACACAGUGUCUAUGGCCUCUUCCUUGCCGGCUUGGAGGAUUGACGGCGUCAUUAUAAUGGCGUUGCUCCACGCUGGCCCGGUCGAAUACCUCUACUACUGGCUGCAUAGAGCUCUGCACAACCAUUACCUCUACUCGAGAUAUCAUUCUCACCACCAUUCCUCCAUUGUCACUGAGCCAAUUACAUCUGUGAUACAUCCAUUUGCAGAGCACAUAGCGUAUCAUGUACUGUUUGGGCUUACGAUCAUGGUCACGCUCUUUAGUGGCACGGCGUCGUUGACGUCCAUGUUCGGAUACGUAACGUUCCUUGAUGUGAUGAACAAUAUGGGGCACUGCAACUUCGAGUUCAUGCCUACAUGGCUGUUUUCCACCUUCCCUCCUCUCAAAUACUUGAUCUAUACACCCUCGUUUCAUUCACUGCAUCACACACAGUUUCGGACAAACUACUCGCUGUUCAUGCCGUUUUAUGAUUACAUCCACGGCACCAUGGACGAGUCUACGGACGCCUUGCACGAGAGCUCCCUCGAGAGGCGGCAGGAGUCUCCUGAUGUGGUGCAUCUGACUCACCUCACCACGCCCGAAUCCAUCUUCCAUCUCCGGGUGGCGUUCGCCUCCUUGGCUUCGAGGCCUCAGGAGUCGAAACAGAGCACUGCCCUCAUGUGGCCUCUAUCCUGGCUCUCUGCUAUUCUCAACUUCAUCUACGGCCGAACCUUUCUUGUUGAGACGAAUCGGUUUGGGAAACUGAAGAUGCAAACAUGGACAAUCCCACGUUACACUAUGCAGUAUGGCCUAAAAUGGCGAACACAAGCUAUCAAUACCUUAAUCGAAGAAGCCAUACUCGAAGCUGAUGUACGAGGUUGCAAAGUUGUAACCUUAGGAUUGCUCAAUCAGAGUGAGGAACUGAACAGAAGUGGACAGCUAUUUAUAGAAAGACACCCUAAACUGAAAACUAAAAUUGUUGAUGGAAGCAGUCUAGCAGUAGCCAUUGUCCUAAACAACAUUCCCAAAGGAACAACUCAAGUCCUAUUCAGAGGAGCUCUCUCCAAGCUUGCUUUUGCUAUUGUAUCCGCUUUGUCCCACCGCGCCAUUCAGGUUUCAACAUUGUAUGAAGCUGAGAAGCUUAAGCUAUCUUCAACAACUGAGGCUGAAGUUGAAAUCUCCAAAAGUUACACUCAGAAGGUAUGGAUAGUUGGAGAUGGAUUGUCUAAACAUGAACAGCUCAAGGCAUCAAAGGGCACUCUCUUCAUUCCUUUCUCCCAUUUCCCUCCACAAAAGGCGCGCGACGAUGCCUUCUACUGCCACACGCCUUCCAUGAUCGCCCCUCCUUCCCUCCAAAACCUGCAUUCCUGUGAGAAUUGGCUACCGAGAAGGGUCAUGAGUGCUGCGCGUGUCGCCGGAAUACUACACGCAGUCGAAGGGUGGGAUGUGCACGAGUGCGGUGAAUCCAUUUUCGACGUCGACAAAAUAUGGGAGGCUGCUAUCAAACAUGGCUUUCGCCCCACAACUAUUUCCAUCUAAUUAAUUCCACCACAUAUCUAUGACUAUAGUCUCUAUAUAUAAGAGGUUGGUAGACCAUAUAUAUAUAUAUAUCGAUAUAUAGGGUUGGGACACUGUGAGAAAUAAUAAAUAUUAUAUGUACCCAAACACCCAUUUUAUGUGUGGCUAAUCUAUGUUGAGAA